AUAAGUCUUUACAGGUUUUCUGUUUUCAAUACCUUCUAGGCAGCCACUUCCUAAUUUUGACUCGCAUCAUGGCCCCUACCGAAGAUGCCUACGCAAAGGUCUCAACAGAAGCGGCUACCGAAUUCGUUCAAUCGUUCUACCCCGCGCUCCAAUCUAACCGCGCAACGAUAGCCUCCUUCUAUAGCUCCCCCCCAUCAACGAUUGUGUUCAACGGAAACCCCGUCGCGGAUGGAAAUGCAGUGCAAGAGAUCUUCGUCAGCCAGAUGCCUCCGACGCACUACGAGGUCCAGUCGUUUGACUGUCAAAUUAUAAACAAACAAUAUCCUACAGCCACAAUCGGUCGGCAAAUAGACCCACGGAAAGACAUUUCGAUAUUGGUGGUUGUUAGCGGCUACGUCCGGUUCGGAGAGUCUCGCGACCUUCCUCAGCGCGGGUUCAGCGAGACAUUUGUUCUCGUGCCGAACCCUUCUAGCGAAGGGGGGAAGGGGAAACGUAGACGGGACUGGCUCAUUCAGACCCAGAACUUCCGUCUCGUUGUUUGA